AUGUCUUGGUAUCGCGAUCCGCAUCCCGUGGCCUCUGGCUACUGGGGCCCUAUCGCGUCCACCCUGGUGUGGUGCGAGCAAAAGUACCGCUGGUCGUACUACGUUGCCGAGCCGAUCAACACGGCCACCAACGCCUUCUUCAUCGCCCUCUCGCUCUACGGCUUUCUCUCCUGCCGUCGUCAGGCACUCCCGCUCCGUUUCGCACUGUGCCAUCUUGGUGUUGCGUUGGUUGGGUUUGGAUCGGCAUGGUUUCAUGCUACGCUGCUGUAUUCUACGCAGCUGCUCGAUGAGUUGCCCAUGAUCUACACUUCGGCGCUGCUCACCUACUGCGUCUUCGAGACCUCGCCCUCUCAUCUCAAGCCUCGAUUCCGCAUUUUGCUACCUUGGUCUCUCUUUGCCAUGGUCGCAUGGAUCACUGCCGUAUAUCUGCGCAAUGGCAAUCCGGUGUUCCACCAAUGCGCAUACGCCGCCAUCCAGAUCCUCUCCACCCUGCGCGUCAUCUACCUGCUCACCAACACGUCUUCUCCGCUCACCUCUGCUGCGGGCAAGGUUCGCAAGCGCGAGAUCACGCGACUGUACCUCUUUGGCGCAGUCAUCUUCCUCACGGGUUUCGCCGUGUGGAAUGUGGACAACAUCUUUUGCGCCCAUCUGCGCGCCGCGCGCCAGUACGUCGGCUACCCCUGGGCCGUGCUACUCGAGGGCCAUGGAUGGUGGCAUAUCUUGACGGGCUACGGAGCGUACUCGCUCAUCACCGCCGGCUCGCUGCUUGCGCUGUGCUACAAGGAGGAGCCGGCCAACUUUGAGCUCACCCAGGCCGCCUUUCCCAUCGUCAAGCGCCUCAAACCCUACUCCCCUCCCAAAGCACGUAGAAAGAUCAAGCAAUAG